UAACUCCCAGUGGGAAUUCCCAGGAAUUUAUUUUUUAUGACCUAUUUUAGUUAACUGAAGAUAGCUGAUCUUUUGAGAGAUAUUGCAAACUGACUUAGAAAUAGUAGUAGAAAAGUUUGUAGUAAUAACGAUUCCUGCUGAUUGACUUUGUUGCUUAAUUUUUCAUUACUCUGCAAACUUGGCUGAGUUUGAUGAAGGUGGCUUCUGCUUAUGACCUAAUGCAGAUCUUUAGGAUAAAAGGCCAAGUCAAGUUGAUGUAGUAUUCAGCUGUUUGCUAAAUACAGUGUUUCUAUGUAGCUGGGAGUCUAUGCUUAUAGAAAAAUGUAGCAUUGUUAAGCAAGAAGAAUAUUGCUUUGUAGAAAUUUUGAAAGACACUUUUGCAGAUUAACAUACCAAAGGCUAAAAAGGGAUAUAGAAGUCAGAUCAUCGAUUUUAAACACUUUAAGUAAAAAUUAGCAGUUCAUUCUGUUGCUUUUGAAUUUGGGAAUUCCUUGUUAUAACUGCUGCUGGAAGAUACUUUGUGAAACGAGAGACAAAAGAAGAGGAAGAAAAACCCUGGCAGUUUUAAGAGACGUCAAGCUGGUCUUGGAAAAUAUCUUGGGACUAUUUUAAGCAGUGUGGUAGGCAGGGUGGAAUAAUCAAUGAUGGUUCAGAAUUGAUUGGUCCUGUUGAAGCUUAUUCGGAUUCCCUCAUUGAUAGCUUUCCUGAGUGUAGUACAGAAGGCUUCUCCAGUGACAGUGAUCUGAUCUCUCUUACUGUCGAUGUGGAUUCUCUUGCUGAGGUGGAUGAUGGAAUGGCUUCCAAUCAAAAUUCUCCCAUUAGAACUUUUGGUCUCAGUCUUUCUUCGGAUUCUUCAGCUCUAGGAGCUGUUGCUUCUGAGAGCGAGCCGACCAAAACAGAAGAAGAACGAGAAAGUCGAAGCCUCUUUCCUGGCAGUUUAAAAUCCAGGCUUGGCAAGAGAGAUUAUUUGGAGAAAGCAGGAGAGUUAAUAAAGCUGGCCUUAAAAAAGGAAGAAGAAGAUGACUAUGAAGCUGCUUCUGAUUUUUAUAGGAAGGGAGUUGAUUUACUCCUUGAAGGUGUCCAAGGAGAAUCAAGCCCUACCCGCCGAGAAGCUGUGAAGAGAAGAACUGCAGAGUAUCUCAUGCGAGCAGAGCGUCUCUCUAGCCUUUAUGUAAAACCUCAACUUGAUGAUAUAUCUCAGCCUCCAGGAUCACUAAGUUCAAGGCCCCCUUGGAACCUAAGGAGCCCUGCCGAGGAGCUGAAGGCCUUCAGAGUCCUUGGGGUGAUUGACAAGGUUUUACUUGUAAUGGACACAAGGACAGAGCAGACAUUCAUUUUGAAAGGUCUAAGGAAAAGCAGUGAAUACAGCGGGAACAGAAAGACCAUCAUCCCCCGCUGUGUGCCCAACAUGGUGUGUCUGCACAAGUACAUCAUUUCUGAGGAGUCGGUGUUUCUAGUGCUGCAGCACGCAGAAGGUGGCAAACUCUGGUCAUAUAUCAGUAAAUUUCUAAACAGAAGUCCUGAAGAAAGCUUUGACAUCGAAGACGUGAAAAAAUCUUCACUCGCCGAAGUUCAGCUGCAACAGCCAACUUCCAGUCCUCAGGACAGCAGCAGCUUUGAAUCCAGAGGAAGUGAUGGUGGAGCCAUGCUUAAAGUCCUGCCUUUGAAGACUAGUCUUACUCCAAGCUCUCAAGAAGAUAGCAACCAAGAUGAGGAUGGGCAAGAUAGCUCUCCAAAAUGGCCAGAUUCUGGCUCAAGUUCAGAAGAAGAAUGCACUACUAGUUAUUUAACAUUAUGCAAUGAGUAUGGGCAAGAAAAGAUUGAACCGGGGUCUUUGAAUGAGGAGCUUUUCCUGAAGACCGAGGGGAAUGAUGUCCAUACCACAGCUGCUGGAAACUUUCCCGCACACUUUGCCUCUGACAGUGGCAGCCCCAGCACUCAGCACAUAGCUCACGAGCUGAAGUUCUUUCCAGGGGAUGAUGGCCUGGAAGCAGUUAGUUCUCCAAGAACAUCAGAUUCCCUCAGUAGAUCUAAAAACAGCCCCAUGGAAUUCUUUAGGAUAGACAGUAAGGAUAGUACUAGUGAGCUCCUAGGACUUGAUUUUGGAGAAAAAUUGUAUAGUCUAAAGUCAGAACCUUUGAAACCGUUCUUCACGCUUUCAGAUGGAGACAGCGCUUCCAGGAGUUUUAGUUCUAGUGAAAGCAAAGUGGAGUUUAUAGCUCAGGACACCAUUAGCAGGGGCUCAGAUGACUCGGUCCCUGUCAUUUCUUUUAAAGAUGCUGCUUUUGAUGAUGUCACUGGUCCUGAUGAAGGCAGGCCUGAUCUCCUUGUAAAUUUACCUGGUGAAUUGGAGCCUAUGAAAGAUGGUGCAGCAGUGGGACCCACUAAGUUCACACAGACUAAUGUAGGCAAAGUAGAAAGUAAACUAUUGGAAACCCCUGAUGUUUUAUGCCUCAGGCUUAGUACUGAACAGUACCAAGCACAUGAAGAAAAAGGCACAGAGGAAUUGCAUGACCCUUGCAGGCCUAAAUCCCACAGCAUAGCAGAGAAACACUAUGCACAGGGGGAUCUUGGGAUGUUAUUUGUUGAUCAUAGUAAUACAGGAGACGUGCCUUUGUUACACAGUUCAGAUCCUAAGUUUCAAGGACUUGGCCUGGUUGAGUCGGCAGUAACGGCAGACAACAUAGAAGGAAGCUUAUCCCAUAUUUCUAACUCACUCUCAGGUGCUAAUGAAUAUAAUAUAAACAAAGACACUUUAAAAGCUGAAGAAGUAUUGCUGUUUACAGAUCAAGCUGAUGAUUUGGCUAAAGAAGAACCAGAUAUAUUUCAGAGAGACUCUGAGACGAAGGGAGCAAGUGGCUUAGCCUUAGAAGGAGACAAGGAAAUCCAUCAGAUUUUUGAGGACCUUGAUAACAGAUUAGCUCUGAACUCCAGGUUUUAUAUCCCCGAGGGCUGCAUUCAAAGAUGGGCGGCUGAAAUGGUGGUAGCCCUUGAUGCUUUACAUAGAGAGGGAAUUGUGUGCCGCGAUUUGAACCCAAACAACAUCUUAUUGAAUGAUAGAGGACACAUUCAGCUAACGUAUUUUAGCAGGUGGAGUGAGGUUGAAGAUUCCUGUGACAGCGAUGCCAUAGAGAGAAUGUACUGUGCCCCAGAGGUUGGAGCGAUCACAGAAGAAACCGAAGCCUGUGAUUGGUGGAGUUUGGGUGCUGUCCUCUUUGAACUUCUCACUGGCAAGACUCUGGUUGAGUGCCAUCCAGCAGGAAUAAAUACCCACACUACUUUGAACAUGCCAGAAUGUGUCUCUGAAGAGGCUCGCUCACUCAUUCAACAGCUCUUACAGUUCAACCCUGUGGAGCGUCUUGGUGCUGGAGUUGCUGGUGUUGAAGAUAUCAAAUCUCAUCCAUUUUUUACCCCUGUGGAUUGGGCAGAACUGAUGAGAUGAACAUCAUGCAGGGUUCUUGCACACAUUCUGAUCUUCUCUGUGACAGGCAUCUCCAGCACAGAGGCAGCUCUGCCUCAUGGUCCCUUAUGGAGCCCCAGAACGUUGGGAUGAAGAUCUUUAGAGGAAAUGGGGGAAGAAAAAGCUGAAAGAGAACAAUUCCUUUACAGUUACUGAAUGGACAAGAUAUUGGCCACAUUUGCAAGGGGCUGUUCUGUACAAACAUUUAACCAAGGUGUGAUCUUUAUUUUACCUGCCUUUAGUGUUGCAGAGGAGUUGUAAACCCAACUGAAAGAGGAAAGCCUUUCAAGAACUUCCUCUGAUAUGAAGCUCCAAGUGUAGAAUGAAGUGUUAACUUGAAAGGAGGACCUUUACAUGGCAGCUGACAGUACUAUCUGCUAAGCAAGAUUGGUUUAAUAUGAUCAAAUUAAUAUUUGCUGGGUAAUAUACUAAAAGUGCUUCAUGAAUAAUGUCAUCUGUAGAGCUUAAAAAGCGUGGAAAAAAAUAUGCACAUCAUGUCUGAUAGGAAAGCUGAACCACAAUGCUAUAUAAUUAAUAUAUAUGUAUGUCAGAUGUGGCGCCAUAUUCAUUCUUGCAGAAGUCCACGUGAAAAGAAGACACUUCGUGUUGUCAGCUUGUACUUUGCUGGUUGGUACUGCCAGCAGGAGGGUUCAUAUAAACCCUAAGUCCCUUUCCUCCACCUCUUUUUCCACUUUCUCCACCCGUUGCCCAUUCUUUCAUAUUCUGUUCUUCCUACCCCUGCGAAUACAUAUGCAACAGAAAAGGGAAGGGAGUAUUUAUUUCCCCCAAUUGUAUCAACUUAAUAAGAACUACAGAAUCAUGAUGUAAAAUAAACAUGGUAAAAAUUUAAA